AUGUCUGAUGAUGAUCAAUUCUUCAGUGGUGCUUCUGCCGAAGGAUUCAAGAUCAGUGCUGCUGGUGAUGAAUAUGGUACAGCUGGUGGAGUUGGCUUCGGAGAUAUGAUGUCCGAUGAUGGUCAAUUCUUCAAAGGUGCUUCUGCUGAAACAUUCGUUGAGGAUGGAGCUGGUGAUGGAUACGCUACAGCUGGUGCAGUUGGCUUUGAAGAUAUGAUGCCUGAUGAUGAUCAAUUCUUCAGUGGUGCUUCUGCCGAAGUAUUCAAGAACAGUGCUGCUGGUGAUGAAUAUGGUACAGCUGGUGGAGUUGGCUUCGGAGAUUUAAUGUCCAAUGAUGGUCAAUUCUUCAAAGGUGUUUCUGCUGAAACAUUCACUGAGGAUGGAGCUGGUGAUGGAUACGCUACAGCUGGUGGAGUUGGCUUCGAAGAUAUGAUGUCCGAUGAUGGUCAAUUCUUCAGUGGUGCUUCUGCCGAAGGAUUCAAGAUCAGUGCUGCUGGUGAUGAAUAUGGUACAGCUGGUGGAGUUGGCUUCGGAGAUAUGAUUACCGAUGAUGGUCAAUUCGUCAAUGGUAAUUCAGCCGAAGGAUUCAAGAUCAGUGCUGCUGGUGAUGAAUAUGGUACAGCUGGUGGAGUUGGCUUCGGAGAUAUGAUGUCCGAUGAUGGUCAAUUCUUCAAAGGUGCUAAAGCUGAAACAUUCGCUGAGGAUGGAGCUGGUGAUGGAUACGCUACAGCUGGUGCAGUUGGCUUCAAAGAUAUGAUGUCCGAUGAUGAUCAAUUAUUCAGUGGUGCUUCUGCCGAAGGAUUCAAGAUCAGUGCUGCUGGUGAUGAAUAUGGUACAGCUGGUGGAGUUGGCUUCGGAGAUAUGAUAACCGAUGAUGGUCAAUUCUUCAGUGGUAAUUCAGUUGAAGGAUUCAAGAUCAGUGCUGCUGGUGAUGAAUAUGGUACAGCUGGUGGAGUUGGCUUCGAAGAUAUGAUGUCCGAUGAUGAACAAUUAUUCAGUGGUAAUUCAGCCGAAGGAUUCAAGAUCAUUGCUGCUGCUGAUGAAUAUGGUACAGCUGGUGAAGUUGGCUUCGGAGAAAUGAAAACCGAUGAUGAUCAAUUAUUCAGUGGUAAUUCAGCCGAAGGAUUCAAGAUCAGUGCUGCUGGUGAUGAAUAUGGUACAGCUGGUGGAGUUGGCUUCGGAGAUAUGAUAACCGAUGAUGGUCAAUUCGUCAGUGGUAAUUCAGCCGAAGGAUUCAAGAUCAGUGCUGCUGGUGAUGAAUAUGAUACAGCUGGAGGAGUUGGCUUUGUAGAUAUGUUGUCCGAUCAUGGUCAAUUCUAUAGUGGUGCUUCUGCUGAAAUAUUCACUGAGGAUGGAGCUGGUGAUGGAUACACUUCAGCCGGUGGAGUCGGCUUCGAAGAUACGAUGUCCGAUGAUGGUCAAUUGUUCGAAGGUGCUUCUGCACAAUCAUUCACUGAGGAUGGAGCUGGUGAUGGAUACGCUACAGCUGGUGGAGUUCGCUUCGUAGAUAUGAUGUCCGAUGAUGGUCAAUUCUUCAAAGGUGCUUCUGCAGAAACAUUCACUGACGAUGGAGCUGGUGAUGGAUACGCUACAGCUGGUGAAGUCGGCUUCGGAGAUAUGAUGUCCGAUGAUGGUCAAUUGUUCAAAGGUGCUUCUGCAGAAUCAUUCACUGAGGAUGGAGCUGGUGAUGGAUACGCUACAGCUGGUGGAGUUGGCUUCGUAAAUAUGAUGUCCGAUGAUGGUCAAUUCUUCAAAGGUGCUUCUGCUGAAACAUUCGCUGAGGAUGGAGCUGGUGAUGGAUACGCUACAGCUGGUGUAGUUGGCCUCGAAGAUAUGAUGUCCGAUGAUGAUCAAUUCUUCAGUGGUGCUUCUGCCGAAGGAUUCAAGAUCAGUGCUGCUGGUGAUGAAUAUGUUACAGCUGGUGGAGUUGGCUUCGGAGAUAUGAUAACCGAUGAUGGUCAAUUCGUCAGUGGUAAUUCAGCCGAAGGAUUUAAGAUCAGUGCUGCUGGUGAUGAAUAUGGUACAGCUGGUGGAGUUGGCUUCGGAGAUAUGAUGUCCGAUGAUGGACAAUUCUUCAAAGAUGCUUCUGCUGAAACAUUCGCUGAGGAUGGAGCUGGUGAUGGAUACGUUACAGCUGGUGCAGUUGGCCUCGAAGAUAUGAUGUCCGAUGAUGAUCAAUUCUUCAGUGGUGCUUCUGCCGAAGGAUUCAAGAUCAGUGCUGCUGGUGAUGAAUAUGUUACAGCUGGUGGAGUUGGCUUCGGAGAUAUGAUUACCGAUGAUGGUCAAUUCGUCAGUGGUAAUUCAGCCGAAGGAUUCAAGAUCAGUGCUGCUGGUGAUGAAUAUGGUACAGCUGGUGGAGUUGGCUUCGGAGAUAUGAUGUCCGAUGAUGGUCAAUUCUUCAAAGAUGCUUCUGCUGAAACAUUCGCUGAGGAUGGAGCUGGUGAUGGAUACGCUACAGCUGGUGCAGUUGGCUUUGAAGAUAUGAUGCCUGAUGAUGAUCAAUUCUUCAGUGGUGCUUCUGCCAAAGGAUUCAAGAUCAGUGCUGCUGGUGAUGAAUAUGGUACAGCUGGUGGAGUUGGCUUCGGAGAUUUGAUGUCCAAUGAUGGUCAAUUCUUCAAAGGUGCUUCUGCAGAAUCAUUCACUGAGGAUGGAGCUGGUGAUGGAUACGCUACAGCUGGUGGAGUUGGCUUCGUAGAUAUGAUGUCCGAUGAUGGUCAAUUCUUCAAAGGUGCUUCUGCUGAAACAUUCGCUGAGGAUGGAGCUGGUGAUGGAUACGCUACAGCUGGUGCAGUUGGCCUCGAAGAUAUGAUGUCCGAUGAUGAUCAAUUCUUCAGUGGUGCUUCUGCCGAAGGAUUCAAGAUCAGUGCUGCUGGUGAUGAAUAUGUUACAGCUGGUGGAGUUGGCUCCGGAGAUAUGAUUACCGAUGAUGGUCAAUUCGUCAGUGGUAAUUCAGCCGAAGGAUUCAAGAUCAGUGCUGCUGGUGAUGAAUAUGGUACAGCUGGUGGAGUUGGCUUCGGAGAUAUGAUGUCCGAUGAUGGUCAAUUCUUCAAAGAUGCUUCUGCUGAAACAUUCGCUGAGGAUGGAGCUGGUGAUGGAUACGCUACAGCUGGUGGAGUUAGCUCCGAAGAUAUGAUGUCCGAUGAUGGUCAAUUCGUCAAUGGUAAUUCAGCCGAAGGAUUCAAUAUCAGUGCUGCUGGUGAUGGAUACGCUACAGCUGGUGCAGUUGGCUUUGAAGAUAUGAUGCCUGAUGAUGAUCAAUUCGUCAAUGGUAAUUCAGCCGAAGGAUUCAAGAUCAGUGCUGCUGGUGAUGGAUACGCUACAGCUGGUGCAGUUGGCUUUGAAGAUAUGAUGCCUGAUGAUGAUCAAUUCUUCAGUGGUGCUUCUGCCAAAGGAUUCAAGAUCAGUGCUGCUGGUGAUGGAUACGCUACAGCUGGUGCAGUUGGCUUUGAAGAUAUGAUGCCUGAUGAUGAUCAAUUCUUCAGUGGUGCUUCUGCCAAAGGAUUCAAGAUCAGUGCUGCUGGUGAUGAAUAUGGUACAGCUGGUGCAGUUGGCCUCGAAGAUAUGAUGUCCGAUGAUGAUCAAUUCUUCAGUGGUGCUUCUGCCGAAGGAUUCAAGAUCAGUGCUGCUGGUGAUGAAUAUGUUACAGCUGGUGGAGUUGGCUUCGGAGAUAUGAUUACCGAUGAUGGUCAAUUCGUCAGUGGUAAUUCAGCCGAAGGAUUCAAGAUCAGUGCUGCUGGUGAUGAAUAUGGUACAGCUGGUGGAGUUGGCUUCGGAGAUAUGAUGUCCGAUGAUGGUCAAUUCUUCAAAGAUGCUUCUGCUGAAACAUUCGCUGAGGAUGGAGCUGGUGAUGGAUACGCUACAGCUGGUGCAGUUGGCCUCGAAGAUAUGAUUACCGAUGAUGGUCAAUUCUUCAGUGGUGCUUCUGCCGAAGGAUUCAAGAUCAGUGCUGCUGGUGAUGAAUAUGGUACAGCUGGUGGAGUUGGCUUCGGAGAUAUGAUUACCGAUGAUGGUCAAUUCGUCAAUGGUAAUUCAGCCGAAGGAUUCAAGAUCAUUGCUGCUGCUGAUGAAUAUGGUACAGCUGGUGAAGUUGGCUUCGGAGAAAUGAUAACCGAUGAUGAUCAAUUAUUCAGUGGUAAUUCAGCCGAAGGAUUCAAGAUCAGUGCUGCUGGUGAUGAAUAUGGUACAGCUGGUGGAGUUGGCUUCGGAGAUAUGAUAACCGAUGAUGGUCAAUUCGUCAGUGGUAAUUCAGCCGAAGGAUUCAAGAUCAGUGCUGCUGGUGAUGAAUAUGAUACAGCUGGAGGAGUUGGCUUCGUAGAUAUGUUGUCCGAUCAUGGUCAAUUCUAUAGUUGUGCUUCUGCUGAAAUAUUCACUGAGGAUGGAGCUGGUGAUGGAUACACUUCAGCCGUUGGAGUCGGCUUCGAAGAUAUGAUGUCCGAUGAUGGUCAAUUGUUCGAAGGUGCUUCUGCAGAAUCAUUCACUGAGGAUGGAGCUGGUGAUGGAUACGCUACAGCUGGUGGAGUUCGCUUCGUAGAUAUGAUGUCCGAUGAUGGUCAAUUCUUCAAAGGUGAUUCUGCAGAAACAUUCACUGACGAUGGAGCUGGUGAUGGAUACGCUACAGCUGGUGAAGUCGGCUUCGGAGAUAUGAUGUCCGAUGAUGGUCAAUUGUUCAAAGGUGCUUCUGCAGAAUCAUUCACUGAGGAUGGAGUUGGUGAUGGAUACGCUACAGCUGGUGGAGUUGGCUUCGUAGAUAUGAUGUCCGAUGAUGGUCAAUUCUUCAAAGGUGCUUCUGCUGAAACAUUCGCUGAGGAUGGAGCUGGUGAUGCAUACUCUACAGCUGGUGCAGUUGGCCUCGAAGAUAUGAUGUCCGAUAAUGAUCAAUUCUUCAGUGGUGCUUCUGCCGAAGGAUUCAAGAUCGGUGCUGCUGGUGAUGAAUAUGGUACAGCUGGUGGAGUUGGCUUCGGAGAUAUGAUUACCGAUGAUGGAUAA